AUGUCUUCAAAAGAAAACAAUAAUGUCCAGGAUUUACACAGACAUUCUGUUGAACGCAAAGAGGAGCUAAACAAACAGAUCACGGAGCAAAAGGUGGCAGUUGACGAGCUGUCUAAUUUGAAGAAGGACAGGAAAGUGUAUGUCCAACAGAGGAACAGCAACAUAUUAUUCUUGGCUGACAGAGGACAAACCUUGAGUUCAUGCAAGAAGAAGCUGGAUAGCCUGACAAAGGAGUUACAGGACAUGUAA